AUGAGGAUGGAUUACAGCGGAGAUGUUAUGGACAUGGAGGGAAACGACCUGGUAAUAAAUAACGUGCACAAUGUGGACAAUAAUGAGAAGGGUGGAAAGUACAGUGUGCGUUUGUUUAAGUUAAAAUCGAAGAACGACAAGUCAAGGGAAUAUGAAAUUAACGACUGGAUGUCGUCUGAAUCAUUCUUGAAAGGAUACGUACACAGCAGCUCCGAUUUGGUGAUGCUAUCAGAUAAUACUUUUUCACUAUAUGAUUGUGAAAAAAAAAAAAAAAACACGUUAACAAAUUUAAAUAAUUGUGAACCACUCGAUUUUGUAUACUUUAAAAAAAACAUGAUAUUUAUACAAAAGAAUAAGUGUUCACUAUUUCAAGCGAAGACUACUGGGAAGUGUAGCGUUAUGUUAAAUUUGAAGGAGCCUCCUGUGAAGGUGAAUUUUUGCUCCCAUAUGAAAAACAUGAUAUAUUUGAGUACUAAAAGUAGAGUAUAUUUUUUAAAGCUACUUUACUUGAAGGACAAAACUUUGAAGCUGAGUAAUACUAACAUGAACCUGCCUGCAAAAUGCAGACAAGAGGAACAUGUAUACCAUUCGCAUCGAAAUGAACAUUUGCAAGGGAGGAACGAAUACAAGGAAGUCAUACACGUUUGUAGUUACUCAUGUAAGGAUGUCACUGUGUACAAAUUGGUAAAGGGAAAAGUGAAGAAUAAACAGAAAUGUUUUACCAAGCUCGAUAUAACAAUGUUUCAUGAUGACUCCAUAAAAGGAGCUUUUUUUUUCAAAGUCAAACACCCCUCGAGGGGUUGCAACUGGGGUGAGGAGUCCGCACCAGAGGAGACACAUCUUGGCACCUCCAAUGAGGGGGAACACUCUAACGAUGUCGUAGACGCAAGUGAAGUACUUGAAGGGGAAGGCCAAAAUGGGCACAUACAAGUAUCCCAUGAACAACAAACAAGCAGCAAAUCUCGUACAAAGGAAGAGGUUGUGAAGCUGUACCUACUCAUAUACAGCGACAGUGGCAAAGUCCUGAUCUAUCUCAUUGAUCACCUGAACAUGCCCCAUUUUAAGUUUGGCCUAGCACACGUCAGGAAGGCCCCACUAGCACACAUGCAAUUGCCAUUUAAAGUAGCACAAAUGUAUAAUGCUUCUGAUAAACUGCUAAAAAGAGUAAUGAAGCAAAAAUAUAUUAUACAAAAGAAGAAAGAAGAUUCUCCGAAUUUUUUAAAAUAUUUAGAACACAUGGUUACGAAAUAUGCCUACAUAAGUAAUAACUUUUUUGUGGAUACAAUUUUAAUAAAUGAAAAAUCAGCUAUUGUUUAUACUAUACAAAUUCGUCACGAUUUUUUAAGCCUUCCAGAAAAGGGUACAGAAACUGUGCUGCUGAAAUUGAUGAAUACGAAUGAGAAAAUUGUAGCGAUUAGAGAUGUGGAGGAUAAUGAGGUGAAAAAAAAUUUGGUGCACAAAAUUAUGAACGAAUCUAAAUUUUCCUGCUACUCUGAUAGCGAUUCCUAUAUUGAUAGCGACAUCACGUGGAAUGACGACAGUGACAAGACGGACAGUUGCGAUGAGGACAGAUCGGAUUACAGCGAGAGUGAUGUGACUGCGGAACAGGGGCAUGUGAAUAAUGGCAAGGGGGAUGAUGACGCGGUUAAACUGCACGCUGCCGUUAGUGGCGAGAACACGCAAUUAGAACAAGUGAUUUGCAAUGAGUCGAAUAAAAAGGCUUCAAAAAGAUGUGACCUUAACCAUGUGAACAGCGACUCGCAUGAUGACAUGUCUGCCCCUGAGGAAGAAUACUCCGAUGGAAGCAGCCAUGAGAUGGGUCAUCUGAAAGGGGGAGAGGAAUGCGUUACAAGGGGAACCCCGCAGGAGGUGGACGAAUGCGAGGUCACCACGAAUGUGUCCAGAAAUGAUGGAAGCUUGACCAACUCGACACGCGAAAGGAACGGGACACACGCGUCGUGUAGUUCUACGCCGUCCUUGGGGGGCAGCGACAGUGUACAGUGCAGGCUGGCGGAGGAACAAACGUACGAAUUGGGGGAAGCAGGAAAGGUAACCAGAAUGAAUGGACUGAGGGCCGUGAACGAUGAUAUGGCUGAUGGAGUGGGCAAACAAAAGGGAGAGGAAAGGAAAAAAAGAAAAUUGAAAAAGGAGGAAAGCACACCAGAGGUGGAGAUUGUAAAGGGAAAUUUUACACAACGAGCAAAAGUAAAGAAGGCUAAAGUAGGAGAUAGUUCAUUAGACGAAUUGACAUGCGAAAUGGCAGAUGAUGUGCCGAGCAGGAACAAAACGAACAAGACGGAGGAAUGCUUUAACGAUAUUGACAGCCACUCCGAAGGUGAAAUGAAAAACAACGAUGACCAAAAUGUAAGCACCGCCAGUGACAAAUUCAUAGCAUUGUCAUCCAUGAUAAAGCUAAAUAUAUCCCUAGGAAGAUACCAUGUUAUAAAUAUGUUGGUUAAUAUAAAGGACAAAAAACUGAUCAACGAUACAGUUUCCAAUUUGGGAAAAAAAUAUUCCAUAAAAUUGUUAGAGUUUCUUUUGAACUCUCUAGCCAGGAAUAGAUUUUUUCUAGGAACUUUUUUUUUGUGGAUUAAAGCCAUAUGUAAAGAGUAUAAGGAGACGCUCAAGGGCAAGAAGUAUCGGAGAUUGGUGACCAAAAUAUCUCUCCUCGCAGAAAACAAUUUGAAAAAUGAAUGUAUAAUAAAACAUGUUAUAAACAAAAUUGAUUUUACCAUCGACCAUAUUAGAAAAAACCAAAUUUCGGACAAUGACGAAAUUUUAAAUUAUCAAGAUGGAACCAUCAUCAAGUGA